GGCAUUUAACUCGGCAUUUAAGUACGUGCUGGACGGGACCCUUAAGUGGUGUAAGCACUGAAGUUGGGGGCGAUAAAGCACCUAGCUUUCAAUUCGACGUCACUGAUAGAACCAUUAAUAAUUAACUUCCAGGGCUAAUUUAAUUACCUACGUCAAGUCGGACUCCGACGAUCAUCAUACUUUUAUUCCUCUCCACAUUGAUAUCAUCUCAUUAACUCAUAUCUAUCUACAUUCAAAGAAUACAAACUUUCACAUUUACCAAACAUUACAGUGAUUCUUCCAAAAUGGAGCGUCCUUCGACGCCGCCGCCACAGGCCCGAACAGCAAACCCUUCUCAUCCUAUAGCCAAUCCUCCGACCCCCGAUAUUACUAGGCGCAUCGAAGAAAAUCGUCUCAAAGCCAAAGCCCUACGAGAGCAACACGAGUCCGCCGCCCGCGCAGCCGGUACCCCCUCGCUCUCCCGCACACCCUCUGGCUUCGUUGCCACCGAUGACGUCCGCCUCCCCAACACCCGAAAGCGCGCCUACGAAGCCAUAUCCGGCGGCGUCCGAAUACGGGAAACUCCCUCGACGAGCCGCGAUGGCCGUACCAACGGGGCAUCGCCCGCGAAGGAUGGGGCGACGACAGAUGCUGAUAAGGCCAAGGCGGCCAAAGACGAAGGGGCGAUCCGACCAGCGAGGAAGUUCACCAAGUUCGUCGACUACGACUUUGGGAAGAUGACAGACACGAAGGGUGGGUUCUUGAGCACCGAGGACGAUCCCUGGAACAAGGCCAUGUCAGGGUCUGCGGGAACUGGCAACGGCAAGCCUGGCGCGCCGCCGGAGGGGCCGGAGCAAAAGCCUAAGGGGAUGACGGUGCAGGAAUGGGAGCGGCUACAAUUACUACGAAAGCUGCAGCGGCAGAAAGCCGGCCCGUUCGAGCCAGGCCUCAGCGCGCUGCAGGACCCGAAGACGCGCAAGAAGUGCCGGGAGUGCGGGACCUUCGAGAUCGACUUCGUGUGGGACGAGGUAUUCGGGUGCAGCGUGUGCGGCGCGUGCAAGGAGAAACACCCGGAGAAGUACAGCCUACUAACCAAGACGGAGUGCCGCGAGGACUACCUGCUCACCGAGCCCGAGCUCCGCGACGCCGAGCUCCUCCCGCACCUGUCUCGCCCCAACCCGCACAAGUCCCACUGGCACGACAUGAUGCUGUUCCUCCGCUACCAGGUCGAGGAGUACGUGUUCAGCGACAAGAAGUGGGGGUCCGCCGAGGCGCUCGACGCCGAGUUUGAGCGCCGCGAGGCGGAGAAGAAGAAGAGGAAGGAGGCGAAGUUUAAGGAGAAGUUGCUAGAUCUGAAGAAGCGCACGCGCACGGAUGCGUAUCGGCGGCAGAAGGAGAAGCAGAAGGCGGGCGGUGCUGGGGAGGGGAAAGGGGGGAAAGCGAAGUUUGGCGAUGCGGUGGGAAGGGGGGGUAGACAUGUUCAUGAGUGGGGGCGCGGCAUCGAGAAGGAGGAUGGCUCGACGGUCAAGACGUGUACGGCGUGUGGGAUGGAGGUGGAGGAGAUGGAGUUUUAGAAGGGGAGAGAGUGGGGAGGAGUGGAUUGUGAUGUUACAAUAUAUGAUACCCAGAUACGAAGGUUUAAGAGAUUCAAAAAGUUUUAUGACAGAUUGGUUUUUUCGAGUACCUAUAUGCGAU